AUGACAGAGAAGCCUAAGCAGACCAAAGAAACGUUGAAUCCUCUGGCUAUAGCCAAAGUGCUCGGUCCAUCCACGCCUACUUUGGAUCACUUGAUUCGCUUUUUAAGUUCGGUGCGCGGAACCGACAAAGUGCUCAUGUUCAUCCAAUAUUGGUCAAAGAUUUUGAUCUGGUUCAUUCAACGGAAAAGAUCGGCUUCUAUCGUAAAGGCUUCCGCUGGCGCCAUAUCUUUGGCGACACGAAUUAAAAACUUUGCCGGUCCUGUCAGUGACUUCCGUAUCCUCCUCCGUUACUAUGGUUUGUUACCCAUGAUUCAAUACAUGAACUAUCUCGAAUUCCAUCCUCCUGCAAGCAAGCUGGCCCUUGCCAUUGAACGCAUCCAGAAUUGGUGCAACGUCAUUUAUUACCCUCUUGAACACACCUACUGGCUCGGCGCACAUCAAAUCAUCCCAUUAUCCGAAGAAAAGACCAACAAGAUUGGUAUGUGGAGUUGUCGUUUCUGGGCCGCCUACGUUGUUUUGGAAUAUGGUCGAUUGUUCGAGCAAUAUCGUGAUUUAAGAAAACGGGAAAUGAGCUUGUUGAAACGUAUCAAAUCGGGUGAUAUCGCUUCCAACGACGAUCCCGAGGCGGAAAUGGCCAGCAUCAAGGCCGAGCGGUCAUCUAUGAUUGUAAACACUUUGAUCAACUCUGGUUAUCUGCCCUUGACCGUCCACUGGUCCCUCGAGCACAGCACUUUCCCUGAUGUGCUUGUUGGUGUCUGUGGUGGUUUUGCUUCAAUUUUCCAAAUCUAUGCCGCAUGGCGCGCCACCGCCUAA